UACACUUUUUAUUUACCUUUCGCAAGCUAUUUCCAGUUAAAAUUUAAGGAAACUCGGGUUGAAAACUUCCAAAAAAAGUUUCUAAGGUGUGACCUUUGUCUUAAAAUUAAUUAAUUUGACUCAUUUCAACGACUCAUAAUUGAUGAUGUUGGUGUCCCCAGCUGCAGGUGGUAUUCGCUGCUUUAUAUUAUCUCAGUUCCGUCAUUUCUCCAAGUCAAGGCUGCCACUAAUAACCACAGACCCAUUCCACCCCAAUAUGAAUGAAGUGAUUGAUGUUCGAACUCUGAAGGAAUUCAAAGAAGACCACAUUCCUGGAGCAGUAAAUCUACCUGUUCUGAGUGACCUUGAGAGACACGAAGUCGGCAAGUUGUAUUCACAGGAUUCCUUUAAAGGACGGAUUUAUGGAGCUGAACUUGUGACCAAGAAUAUCAGUCAAAUGAUCCAUGAAUAUCUGAUAAAGAAACCAAAAGAGUACUCUCCCCUGAUUUAUUGUUGGAGAGGAGGUCAAAGGUCAUAUAGUGUUGCCGUGGUGAUGGCACAGAUUGGAUUUGAUGUGUAUGUUUUAGAGAAGGGAUAUAAGACUUACAGAGAGAAGGUGAAAGAGUGCUUAAAUGAGAUGCCAGGCAAAUUUACAUACAAGGUUUUAUCAGGACCAACUGGAUCCGGAAAAACAUUUCUCUUAUCCAAGUUGUCUGCUUUUGGUGAACAGGUAUUGGAUCUAGAGGGCAUUGCUAAUCACAGGGGAUCAGUUCUGGGGGCAGAAAUUAAUGGAACCCAACCUUCACAGAAAUGGUUUGAAUCCCAGAUGAUAGAAAAGCUCCGAUCCUUUAAUCCGGAGAAAGUUGUGUGGGUAGAGUCAGAGAGUGUUAGGAUAGGCAAUGUACACGUACCGCGAACUUUACACUCAGAGAUGGGGAAAGCACAGCAUUUUCGUAUCAACCUCCCAAUGGAAAAGAGAGUUCAACACAUCCUAAAAGAUUAUCCAGACUAUAUUGAAAAUUUUCAGUUUACAAAACAAAAACUUAUGAAACUUAAAAGUUAUCACAGUAAUUCUAAACUUAGUGAAUGGUUUUCACUCGGAGAGAGUGGUCAGUGGCCCCAGUUUGUGGAAGCUCUCCUGACAGAACAUUACGAUCCCAGCUAUAGUUUAUCACAGAGCAAGAACUUCAAAUCUCCCGCCACUGAUUUUUAUCUAGACAGUCUUGAUCCUGAGCAUGUGCAGUUAUUUCUUCAGACUUUGAUCUCUGAUCCAGCAGAUGGCGCUCUGUCUGAGGUCAAGGAUAAGAUGUCUGCUUAAACACAUGACCUCUUUUGAUCAGUUCCACAGCAAUGACUGCUAUGUUCCUACAAUCAUC